AUGGACUUAGGUGAUCCGCUCAACGGCUUUGAGCUUCCUCCAAAAGUCCCCAGAGUACUCCCCGCGGACCUUCCAACGUCAUUAGACGACCGUCGAAGAACGCCUCCUCUCACUACCGAGACCGAAGUCUACGACGCCUGGCAAGGUGGUGAGCCUCAAUUCAUCACCGCGCCGGUACCUGCCAGGUUAAACUUCAACCUCGAUCCGGACUUUCGCGAUGAAGACGAUGACGUAAAGGGAAUUGCGGAUAGCGAUACACGCCUGGUCUCUAUGCUGGCUGCCCAGGCCGCCUUCAAUGAUGGGUCGGGCUUGGAAGAUGAGGAUGAGAUUGCCGAUAAUCCGAAAUUAUCGGACAAGGAGAAAACGGAUCUUUUACAACGUGCGCUCAACAUGGCGGCCAGCAACGGAGACGAGGGAAAAUGUAGGAGAAUACUAGAAGGUAAAGGGAGACAAUACAUCGAUGUUAACGCGCCGGAUGAGGAGGGAACUAGCCCGCUGAUAUAUGCGAGCUGCUUCGGACAUGAAGAUGUUGUCUCUGCGCUGUUGGACGCUGGUGCAAAUGUAGACCAACAGGAUAGGCACCAGUGGAGCUCCCUGAUGUGGGCCAUGACGAAUCGCCAUAAGGGUAUUGCAAAGCUGCUGUUAGACCACGGAGCGUCGGGAGAGAUUAAGAGCUCUUCUGGAAGGACGGCGUUUGAUUUUAUGCCUCCAAAUAGCGAACUUUCAGACUACUUGCACGAAAGCGGGUAUAUUGGCUCGGCGGGGGUCAGUGAUGAUUUCUACGACACAGGCUUGGCGCAGGACAGGUUUGAAGAGGAGAUGGCAGAGAACGAGCUCAAGAGGCGGAUGAUGAUGGAGAGUGCCAUAAAUCUAGAGGUAGAUUUAUCGAGUUUGGGACUGGAUGAGCAACAGGAGCUACCCGAGUCAGAGGAAGAAGAAGAAGGACAGGAAUUCGUGUGGGAUAGAUGUUUGAAUGAUCAAAUGUUUGUGUUUCAAGAGCAUGAGCUAGAUCGAGUGCUUGAGGUUGUGAUCACCAAUAUGCUACCACAGCGAUCACCCAGUCAGAAGCCAGUGCCUGCGAAUGUACUUUUCCUGGCCGCCCGAUAUGCCCAUUAUCAUAGUUCUCAGGAGCUUCUUUCUCGAUUACUUCUCUCGGCAAUGGAGAAGAUCAAUAAUGUAGUGGAGCGGCAUCAAUGGGAUAUGACGAUCCUCGCAUUUUGGAUCUCCAAUGCAACCCUACUCCUCCACUAUCUCAAGAAGGAUGCCGGUCUCGUAGGCGCAACAAUAAAUUUUCAGCAAAACCUUUCGGAGCUGAUAAACGAGAUCUUUAUCCUCAUCAUCCGGGAUGCCGAGCGGAGGAUGGAUAGGGUUCUCGACCAAGCCAUGCUUGACCACGAAACCAUCCCUGGGUUUGAAGACGUUCAUUUCCAAAACGAAUGGCGGUUAUUCAAGACUAAAAAAAAAUCCCCCGAGCCAGCAGGAGAACGGCGGUUCCGUCCGCCUUCCCCAAAACAGCGCGCAAAACCGAGCCCGAGAAAUAUUACAUCUUUACUCUCGUCAACACUAUUCGUAUUGGACUUGUAUGACAUUCACUCAGUGAUCAUUUCUCAAGUUCUUAGCCAAUUGUUUUAUUGGCUUGGUGCAGAGCUUUUUAAUCGUAUCAUGUCGAACCGUAAAUACCUUGCGCGAACAAAAGCGAUGCAGAUCCGUCUCAAUGUCUCCACACUUGAAGACUGGGCACGGACAAAUAACAGACAGCCCGAACACUAUGAAUCCGGCUCACUGACAACAAGCGGCGAAAAUACAAUCGAGGCUGCGCGACGGCAUUUGGUACCAGUCAUCCAACUGCUCCAAUGGCUACAAUGCUUUACCUCCCUGGGUGAAGAUCCUGGUGCGCUACAGUCCACAACGCAACAGUUUACUCGACUCAACCCACAGCAGCUUCUUCACGCGACGAAGAACUACAGGCCCGAAGUUGGCGAAAAGACCUUGAACCGCGAUGGAAUGAAAUAUCUUCUUGAUCUUAAUGUAUCAUUUUUCGAUUCCAAGGCACGCCGAAAAUCUCGGAGUGUGUCUAUAUCAACAUCCAAUGUGUCCUCCAGUGGCCGCUCAGCAACUCAAACUCCCACCACCCCUACGGGCUCCCGUUCAAGUACUGCGCUUUCCCCGUCAAAAACACCGCCUUUCAUCACUGCCACUUCUCCAGGCGGUCUCCAUACAUCCGAGCCAGCAGAGGAAGAAGAAGACAACAACGCACCUGAAAAUCUGCUCCUCGAUCCUGCACUCAUGCUCCCUUUCUCGUUGCCAACGAGUACAGAUAUGUUACUAAGCUACGGCGCAGGGUUAGGCGGCACAAACAGAGAACGGGAGAAAAAGUAUCAACCCAGUGUCCCACCAGAAUUUCUAGCCAAGCUAGAUUUUGGGCAAGGAAGGAGUAACGGUGCCAAUAAUUUUGGCGGAGGCUGGGAGGAUGAAGAUUGA